UUUACUCCAUUAUUGAACUCGUUCACUUCUCUCCGACGUAACGCGCGUGGUGGGUGGGUUCUCGGUUCUCUUCCGUUCGGUGGUCGUUUCUCAUCGGGUGUAACAAUGACGUCGAAAGUGUCGCGCGACACUCUUUACGAGUGCGUAAACGGUGUGAUUCAGAAUUCUCAGGACAAAAAGAGAAAAUUCUUGGAAACCGUGGAGCUCCAAAUCGGUUUGAAGAACUACGAUCCGCAAAAGGACAAACGUUUCUCAGGCACUGUCAAGCUAAAGAAUAUUCCAAGACCGAAGAUGCAGGUUUGCGUUUUGGGUGACCAGCAGCAUUGCGAUGAAGCUAAAGCUAACAAUAUCCCAUAUAUGGACGCAGAAGCAUUGAAAAAAUUGAAUAAGAACAAGAAGCUCGUAAAGAAACUAGCUAAGAAAUAUGACGCCUUUCUGGCUAGCGAAUCGCUGAUCAAGCAGAUUCCACGUAUUCUCGGUCCUGGUUUGAACAAGGCCGGUAAAUUCCCUGGUCUUCUUUCCCAUCAGGAAUCGAUGGUAGGAAAAAUUGAUGAAGUGAAGGCAACGAUUAAGUUCCAAAUGAAGAAGGUGCUGUGUCUAUCAGUGGCCGUGGGACACGUUGAAAUGACUCCGGACGAAUUGGUUCAAAAUGUACAUCUUUCGAUCAACUUUUUGGUUUCGCUAUUGAAGAAACACUGGCAAAACGUUCGUUCUCUACACAUUAAAUCGUCUAUGGGACCACCUCAAAGACUAUACUAAGUCAAUUAGUACAAAUAUGUUUGUAUGUGAUGGAAUAAAGCGAAGAAAAAAUAAA